ACGCACUCCUUUGAGCAUCACUGGAUUGUAAGGGGCUGAAGGCAAUUAAGAUCACAGCUUUUAAUAAAUUAAAAGGAAAUUAACUUGUAGAUAAUUCAGAAGAUGUUUUGCUAUUUUUAACUACAAGCAGAAAUACUUGGAACAUUUUACCUUCAAAACUAUUUUCUCAGGAGAUCUGGUACAAAUUGUUUUGUUUUUUUUAUUUCAUUUUUCUGGUGGGUUUAGGUUCUGAAACAGCCCAGUGUUUGCACAAGACAGGAAACUGAGGAAAUAGAAAUUUUAUGCAACAUCGUGUUGCCUGCGACGUCCUGUCCAGACCAUGUUUAAAAACACGUUUCAGAGCGGCUUUCUUUCCAUUCUGUACAGCAUCGGCAGCAAACCCCUUCAGAUUUGGGACAAGAAGGUCCGAAAUGGCCACAUCAAAAGAAUCACAGACAACGACAUCCAGUCCCUUGUGCUGGAGAUCGAGGGUACCAACGUAAGUACUACAUACAUCACCUGCCCUGCAGAUCCAAAGAAAACCCUGGGCAUAAAACUUCCAUUCCUGGUGAUGAUCAUAAAGAACUUAAAGAAGUACUUUACCUUCGAGGUGCAGGUCCUGGAUGAUAAGAAUGUGCGCCGGCGCUUCCGUGCCAGUAACUACCAGAGCACCACGCGGGUCAAGCCCUUUAUCUGCACCAUGCCCAUGAGGCUUGAUGACGGCUGGAACCAGAUCCAGUUCAACCUGUCUGACUUCACCAGACGUGCAUACGGAACCAACUACAUUGAGACACUACGUGUACAGAUUCAUGCAAACUGUCGGAUCAGAAGGGUUUAUUUCUCAGACAGACUGUACUCUGAGGAUGAGCUCCCUGCAGAGUUCAAACUCUACCUCCCAGUGCAGAACAAGGUGAAGCAGUAAAUAUCUUAACCAGCAAAGGCCUUAAGAAUGAAGAACGAAAAACCAGGACUAAAAAGUGAGGACUGUUGGUUUUAUCUGUUAACAUUAACUUUAUUUAAUAUAUGUGUAAAAAAAAAAAAAAAAAAAAAAAAAAAAAAAAAACAUUAAAAACAUUGGAAAUUAUUUUUGAUUUGUUGGAAGUCUGUAUAACACUGGAGACUGUAUUAUUUUUGCUGUUUCCUUUUGAUGAUGUGUUUAAAAUGCAGUGGGUAGGACACUGACUGUGCUCCCUGUAACAGAGAAAAGGGCCUUCCGAGCCAGUGGGACUGAGAACUGGAAGCUCAUUGUGUUCCCCCCACUCCUUGAAUACUCAGACACAAUUGAUAAGCCACUGAUCUUACCUCAGUGAAAUAUCUAUCUAUCUAUAUAUAUAU